AUGGCUUACAUGAAGAAUAGUUUGAGGCUUGGGUGUGCAUGGAUUGUAACUGAAGCUCUGUCAAAUGCUGGCUUAGAAUCUUCCAAUCUCAUUGUUGGUAUUGAUUUUACAAAGAGCAAUGAGUGGACAGGUGCAAGGUCAUUUCAAAGGAGAUGCCUGCAUCACAUUGGUCAUGAACAAAAUCCGUACGAGCAAGCUAUAUCUAUCAUUGGGAAAACAUUAUCUUCCUUUGACGAGGAUAACUUAAUUCCCUGUUUUGGUUUUGGAGAUGCAUCAACACAUGAUCAAGAUGUUUUUAGCUUCUAUCCUGAUGAGAGAUUUUGUCAAGGAUUUGAAGAAGUGUUGAAACGAUACAGGGAAUUGCUCCCUCAGUUGAAGCUUGCAGGACCAACAUCAUUUGCCCCAGUCAUUGAGAUGGCAAUCACCAUAGUCGAGCAAAGUGGAGGCCAAUACCAUGUCUUAGUGAUUAUAGCCGAUGGGCAGGUGACGAGAAGUGUUGACACUGAGCAUGGCCAGUUGAGUUCACAAGAAAAGAAAACUGUAGAAGCUAUUGUGAAAGCUAGUGAAUAUCCCUUGUCAAUCAUAUUAGUUGGAGUUGGAGAUGGGCCGUGGGAUAUGAUGAAACAAUUUGAUGAUAACAUCCCUGCUCGAGCAAAUAAUGUCAAAGAACAUGGAUCAGUCCAGAAAGGAAACCGAAUUUGCACUCGCAGCCUUGAUGGAAAUACCCUCCCAGUACAAGGCAACACUAGAGCUUAA